AAGCCCUCGUGUUGUAUACCCAGAAUCAGAACCAGUCGCUCUCAAUCCCAAUUUCUUCAUUUCUAGCGCACAAUCAAAUACAAAUCCUUCCAUUACUCUCAUAUUAGAUCUGGGUUCUCUUCAAUUGCUAGUUAUAAUGAAAGGUACGCAAUGCAACAACGUGUAAGGAUUUUGUCUCCAUUAAGAGCUUUUGAGCUUCAGAAGCAUAAAUUUUGUAAUAUAGAUUUGGGUAAGUGUAGAAACUCUCGAUUACGAAGAUUUCGUUUUUAGUUUUGAACCUAGGAACACGAAUCUUGUUUACUUAUGGUUCUAUAUUAUAAUUUUAUGAACUUGAAGUGAUAAGAAAAGGGAAACAAGUUAUCAGAAUUGAAGUUUGAAUGGAUCAUUCGGGUUCUGGAGAACAAGAUGCUGAUAUUGAUCUUGAGAGUGGUGUUGGUGCAAUCCAUAGCAAUGAAGAGGGAAGCCUGAAUCCUGGUUUGGAUGAAAAACUUGCAGAAACGAUUUUCUUGAAGUUAUCUGACCGAUAUAUUAGUGUGGAUGAUAGUUCAGUUAAACCAGGAUCAAAUCCAAAUGAGGGUUCUCCAGAGAAUAAUGUGUUGAUGGAGGGAGAAACGGUUGGAAAUUCUUUGGGAAAGAAGAUGGAUCAAGAGAAGCGUAAAAAGGCGAAAAAACCACCAAGACCCCCUCGACCCCCUAAAGGAUUUUCUUUUGAUGCUUCUGAUCAGAAGCUCAUCAAAGAGCUUGCUGAACUUGCUAUGAUCAAACGGGCGAGAAUUGAGCGCAUGAAGGCACUCAAGCUAAAGAAAUCCUUAAAGAUUUCAUCAUCAUCAUCAUCAUCACAUGGCAGCUUAUUUGCCAUGCUAUUUACCAUCAUCUUCUUCCUAGUGAUACUUCUCCAAGGCCGAAACUCAGGUGCAAAUUUUCAGGGUUCUCCUCAAACAAACGAAAAUGGUUCCAUAUUUGUGCAAGCUCAGUUAAAUCCAUCCGCUAGUGAGUCCAUUUCGCCCAUUCCGAAAUCUUCAACACUGUUUUAAGUUCAUCAAGGGCUGCCACAUGUACAGUUUAAAGGUACCUUUCCGUGUGAACCGUAAUUGAUACGUUUCGUGAAGCCAAACGAUGAUCAAGUUCUAUGGUGUUUUUGGGUUCAAUUGAUUUCAUAACAUCCUCUCACUUAUUUUGAUUCAAGUGUUCCUAUCAAGAAGAGCUGUUUGUGUUUUUAUAUAAAUAUACUUUUGAAAUAAUAAAUAAUCCCUUAGAUUACUUUAGAAAAAAAA